AUGUAUGCAACUUUAUCUCCAAUUUGUUCCUACUUUUCGACGUAUAAACAUAAUGACUACCCUAACUGUUCUGUCGGCUAUGGUAAUUGGCCGAAUGGAAGUAGACCAUUAGUUGGGUUAACGAGCUUUCCUCGGUCUGGAAACACGUGGACACGCCAUCUAAUUGAGACGGCAACUGGGAUUCAUACAGGAUCGCUAUAUAAUGCUAAUGGUCUCUACAACGGAGGGUUUACUGCGGAAUUUGACGAUCCCAGUUUGGGACGUGCUGUUGUGUACAAAGCUCACGGAUAUGCUGAUAUAUUUGAGUCUGGAAUAUUACUUAUUAGAAAUCCGUAUGAUUCUUUUGUUUCCUUUUAUCUGUUUCACACAAAGGGAUUUAUGGCGAAUCCGCCCUUAGAAGAAGUGUUUAAAGACAAUAAAAAUUGGACAAAUUUUGUCAAAAGACAACAUGUCAGGUGGCCAAGAAUAGUUGAAAAUUGGUUCGAAUCGGGGAAGCGAGUUUUAAUUGUCCAUUACGAAGAUCUGGUAGCCAAUACAAUUUAUCAUCUUAGAAGAAUGUUAGAAUUCCAAAAUAUUACGUUGACGCCAGACAGACUUAAAUGUCUCAAUGAUGACUUAGAAGGCAGGUUUCAUCGACAGCAUUCGGAGAAUUUCCACUUUGAUCCUUACAAUGAAGAACUACAUCAUAUCAUUGAUGCAGAUAUACAGAAAGUAAAUAGUCUUCUGAAAAGUAGGAAUGAACCACCAGUGCAUAAAGCUGCGUAUGACGUGGAAUUAUAA